AUGCCGUCUUCUCUGAGUGAACCAGUGAAGCUCCCUUGCGGAGUAGUCUUUUCAAACCGUCUAGUGAAGGCUGCAAUGGCGGAAUUGUUAGCCGGAUGCCAGCAUACGCCCAAUCCGGAUUUGACCGAAGUGUAUAACCAGUGGGGUCAAGGGGGAUGGGGAGGUGUUCUGACCGGUAACGUCCAAGUCGAUGUCAACCAUCUAGGAACCCCAUUCGACCCUGCCCUCCCCGCCGAAUAUACCGGGGUAGAGAACAAUGCGACACUGGUGGAAGCUUGGAGCAAGAUUGCCCAUGCCUGUCAACAGCAUGGAACCCCAUCCAUUGUUCAGAUCUGCCAUCCAGGCCGACAGUCGUUUCGAAUCGCUGGCAAUCGAGGCAUUUUCGCUUCCACAAUUGCCCCCAGUGCCGUUCCUCUAGUAAUGGGCGAUGGUCUGAUCGAGCGAAUUAUCAGUUGGAUUACUUUCCCGCCGCCGCGAGAGAUGACACAGGCGGAUAUUGACUCCGUGACGCGACUGUUUGUCGAUACCGCUCGGUUGAUGGCUGAUAGUGGUUUCUCGGGGGUGCAAUUGCAUGGUGCACAUGGGUAUUUAAUCGAUCAAUUUUUGAAUCCCAAGACAAACCAUCGAACCGACGCUUACGGCGGAUCGGCUGAGAAGCGCGCCAAAUUCAUCCUGGACAUCAUCGCUGCGAUCCGCGAAACCGUCUCGUCUAGUUUCUGCAUCGGCGCCAAGCUCAACUCAGCCGAUCACAACUCCGCCUCAUUCGAAGACACCAUGACUCAGAUCGGCCUUCUCGUAGACGCAGGUAUCGACUUCCUCGAGGUCAGCGGAGGGAACUACAAGGAUCCCAGAAUGAUGGGCAACCACUCAACCCCAACAACACAAACACCAGAGAAGAAAUCCGCCCGCACUGCAGCCAGAGAAGCCUUCUUCCUUGAAUUCGCCACGGAAACUCGUAAACGAUUCCCCUCUCUCGUCCUCAUGCUCACAGGGGGGUUCCGCACGCGCGCAGGAGCCGAAGCUGCAAUCGCCCAGGACGCAUGCGACCUGGUCGGCAUCGGACGUCCGGCGGCUAUUGACACCCGUUUUCCACAGUUGUUGCUGGAUGAGAGCCUGCAAGAUGAAGAGGCACAGAUGCAGUUAGGGAAGGUCCCUGCUCCGUUUUAUACAAGGCUUGUUCCGGUGAAAGGGGUGGGGGCGGGAUUGGAAACCAGGGUUUACUGA